UUUCAGUGCCGGAAGUAUGUGCUGCAACUUCGCGGUGAUCCUCUUGAAGCUAGGCUAACGGAGAGGAUGCCGUCGAUUGAAUACGACGACUCCAAGCCCAGCUGGGCCGACCAGGUCGAGGAGGAAGGAGAUGAAGGCACUCUACCAUCUCCUAAGGAAACCAUUAAAGGAAACAUAAAAACUGUCACUGACUAUAAAAUAGAUGAUGACGGAAAAAAAUCCAAGAUUGUGCGGACCUUCAAGAUCGAGACACGGAAAGCAUCCAAAGCUGUUGCCAGAAGGAAGAACUGGAAGAAAUUUGGCAACUCUGAGCGUGAUGCACCAGGUCCCAAUGUUGCUACCACUACAGUUAGCGACGACGUCUUUAUGACCUUUAUAUCCAGCAAAGAUGACUUAAAUGCUCAAGAUCAGGAAGAAGAUCCCAUGAACAAACUUAAGGGACAGAAGAUUGUGUCCUGUCGUAUUUGUAAAGGCGACCACUGGACAACCCGCUGUCCAUACAAGGACACCCUAGGUCCCAUGCAGAAGGAGCUGGCUGAACAGCUGGGUCUUUCUACUGGGGACAAAGAGAAGUCUCCUGGCUCUGCUGAACCAGAACCUGUGCAGCCUGCGCAAACCAAGACUGGAAAAUACGUUCCCCCGAGUCUGAGGGAUGGAGGAACGCGAAGAGGAGAGUCUAUGCAGCCUAACCGCAGGGCUGAUGAUAAUGCCACAAUCCGUGUGACCAACCUGUCUGAGGACACCCGUGAGACCGACCUGCAGGAGCUUUUCAGACCAUUUGGCUCCAUCUCAAGAAUUUAUCUGGCGAAAGACAAGAAUACCGGACAGUCCAAGGGAUUUGCUUUCAUCAGUUUCCACCGGCGGGAGGAUGCAGCCAGAGCCAUCGCAGGCGUGUCAGGAUUUGGAUAUGAUCAUCUUAUUCUCAAUGUUGAAUGGGCCAAACCUUCAAACAACUGAGGGAUACAUUAGACUUUCAACAUGCCAGAUUUUGUCACUGUAAAGUGUGACUAUGAUCUAAAUAAAGAUAAACUGUCACUAUC